GCGCAAUAGCACGUGUUUUUACAUCUGUCAUUCUGUCAGCUGGGAACGUUUGCUAAUCCGGCAGAGGUUAACGUAGAGUAAGAGUAUACGAUAAUUAUAUGAAAUAAACGAUCGUGUAUAGAUAUAUAAAGCGUGGAUGCUGUUAAAAUUUGUAACAAAAUGGAUCCAGCUUUACUCAAAGAACGAGAGCUCUUCAAAAAACGUGCUCUAACCACACCAGUAGUUGAAAAGAAGAAACAGGAGAAGGAAACUACAAAAGAUGAAGCGCCAAAGAAAAAUGAACUCCCAAAGAAGAAACCUAAAGUAUCGUCCAUAUCUACGGGUCCUAAGUUAGAUAUGGUCAACUAUAAGACUAUGACUGGUAGUACGCAAUAUAAAUUUGGUGUAUUGGCAAAAAUAGUGAAACACAUGAAAGCAAGGCAUCAGGAAGGAGAUGAUCAUCCAUUAACACUAGAAGAGAUUUUAGAUGAAACAAAUCAAUUAGAUGUUGGAUCAAAAGUUAAACAAUGGCUGCAAACCGAAGCUUUAGUAAAAAAUCCUAAAAUUGAAGUUACAUCAGAUGGUAGAUUUGCCUUUAAACCUAUGUAUAAAAUAAAAGAUAAGAAAUCCCUAUUGAGGCUUUUGAAACAACAUGAUUUAAAGGGCCUUGGUGGUAUAUUAUUGGAGGAUAUACAGGAGAGUUUACCGCACUGUGAUAAACAUUUAAAGAAUUUACAAAAUGAAAUUUUAUAUAUUACACGGCCGCUUGAUAAGAAAAAGAUUAUCUUUUAUAAUGACAAGACGGCACAGUUUCCUAUAGAUGAAGAAUUCCAAAAGUUAUGGAGAGCUGUUGCAGUAGAUGCCAUGGAUGAUCAGAAAAUAGACGAAUAUCUUGAAAAACAAGGAAUUAGAUCAAUGCAAGAUCAUGGUCUCAAAAAGGCAGCACCAAUCAAACGAAAAAAGCCUGUAAAUAGAAGGAAACAAUUCAAGAAACCAAGAGAUAAUGAACAUUUAGUAGAUGUUCUGGAAACAUAUGAUGAUUAAAUAAAGAUAUCAAGUAUUCUACUUUUUGAAAGGGCAUGAAAUAUAAAAAUGUGAAAAUUAUCUUGAAAUAAUUAGUAUCAAUCUUAAAUAAAAUUAAUAUUAUUUAAUUUAUCUAUAAAAAGUAUUAUAAUUCCUUUUUUUAAAUAUAAUUUAAGUCUCAUUUCUCAUGUGGAUUAAUGUUUGUAGCUGAUAUAAAUGCCAUAUUGAAUAUUUAUUUGCAUUGCAAUAUGUAAUAUAUAUUUCUAGCAUCUAACAAAAUGUUCACAUUAUGACUGAAAGUGCACAUGAAAAAAUUUUGUCAGUUAUAUUAUAUAGUAACUUUUCUAUACAUUUAAUCUUUUUUCUCUAUUCUCUUUUAAUCUGCUUCUCUUGAUCUUGAAUUAAAUGAAAUUGCGUAACUUUGAACAGCAUGAUUAGAAUAAAUAUUGAUUUGUCAGUGUCAUAUUAAAUUAUACAUUAUUAAAUUAUGUCAGAAUAAGAUUUUUAAAAGCUUUGCAUAA